AUGGUGUGUGGUGGUGUGUACAGGCUGCACGGGUCCUACGAGGCUCUGGAGGGCGGGCAGAGCAUGGACGCGAUGGUUGACUUGACGGGUGGGCUGGCGGAGCGCUUUGACCUGGAGGACACGCCGGACAAGAGGCGCUUCUUCAAAUUGCUCAUGACGGCAUCCCGCGGCGCCUUCAUCACCGCCUCCAGGAAGGUGAAGGCCAUCAGAGGGGAGUGGGUGGCCGGCAGCACAGCGGGGGGAAGCAGGAAUGACUUCGAAAAGUUUGCCACCAACCCACAGUUCCUGCUAAAGGUGGAUGAAGCAGAGAGUGACGGCAGCGAGGGUCUGAACGGCUCCUGCAGCGUGUUGGUGGCCGUCAUGCAGGAACACAGGCGAUCCAGGCGAGACUUCGGCGUAAAAAUGUUGCAGAUCGGCUUUGUGGUGUAUAAGACGAGGGACCCCACCAAACCUCUCCCAGCUGACUACUUCUAUCACCACUACGAGGAGAGCAGCUCAGGCGUGUACAUUAACUACAGGGAGGUACUGGCGAGGCUGGAGCUGACCCCGGGCUGCUACUCGAUCAUACCCGCCACCUUCACGCCAGACACCCCGGGACAGUUCAUGGUCAGAGUGUAUUCCCCGAGGCCAUUCCAUCUGUCACCCCUGCCUCCACCCACGACCCCGCCCGCGGCCUCUGAAGGGUGACGAUGUGAUGGUCAAGAAGG